AUGACCUCGGCCUUCAUCGUAUUCAUGUUGCUCUCUUGCGUUGUAUGCGCUUGGGGCGACCCCCACGCAACUAGACACGGGUUGCUACACUCUCCAAUUCACCUUGAAUAUGCGACAGAGUUUCAGCCACUUGUGGUAGCUGAGGCUUUGGCUUCAACCGCCAUCUACCACUCGGCUUUUGCGGAGAUUCUGAGAUUGGUGGCGCGAAACUCGCGCGUAUCCUAUCCCGAGGGGCUGCUUGAGCUCCAACUUGAAAUAUUUACCAACUACAAGCUGAGACAAGCAAUGGACUACACGCAUGGAGACUUUCAGGUUAGGGAUAGCCUUCUUGCCAAUGCACGCGAUGACUUUGUGCGCGUGAUGGGUUCGUGGAAGGUGGCUUCUGAUAAGCUGAAGGAGAAGACUGCCACCACUCGCUCUAUCUGGAUAGAAGCCAAUUUUCAGCGUGCCUGUGAGUAUGAGGGUGAUGGCCAUCUUGCCAAACAGAUCCGCGCAGUGGCCACUGCUCAAAUCACCAAGCCUUUCGUUCAGCAUGCAUCAUUUCCACUCACGACCGAGCAGUUCCUGACAUUGGCCCGUACGAUUAUUGACUCGACCAAGCAAUUCAACCAAGAAUCAGCUGCACAACAGACAAUGAUAUGCAAGAGAUAUGCUUAUCCCCGCAUGGUGUCAGUGAAAAUCCAACCAAUGACAGCUCCAUGGCCGCAACAUGUUGGAUUUAGUGAGGCUUGGUUCCAUGUGCCAAAUAGAAUGAAGUCGCAGCUGUGA